AUGACUCCGUGGCUCACCAGCAUCGGGGAUGGGAUUGCUCUGGUCGCGGAAGCUAUGGGACUUCAAUCUGUCCUGGGGGCUUCCUGGAUCCCGACAUCGACAGUGAGUGCUUCUCUUGUCCAUCACUGCAGUAAUGCGACUCUCAACAACCUCGACGUCUUUGGAGCCAGAAUUCUCUCUGUCGAUGCGAAUCCGGUCUUCAAUCAUACCUCUUAUACGGCAAAAGACCAGGGUAUCCACCUCGAGGGCACUUGGAGCAACCUAAAUUUUUGCAAUGUCACAGUCACGUAUACCCACCCUGGGCGAGACGACUACAUCAACAUCUAUAUCGUUCUCCCGUUUGAAGGAUGGACGGGACGCUUUUUAGGUGUCGGUGGAGGCGGUUGGAUGACGGGCUCUCCACCUGAUUCUCUGGCCCCUUUGACACAACAGGGAUAUGCAGCGGCUAGCACAGAUGGAGGACACUCCUUGUACAGUCGUUCAGCAGGAGACUGGAUCUUGCAUAGUCCUGGGAAUGUCAAUCUGAAUCUACUACAGGAUUUCGCCAGUGCGGGACUGGAUGAUCUGGCCGUGAUCGGCAAGGGGAUUACGAGGCUGUUUUACGAGAAAGAAGUGAGGAAGAGUUAUUGGAGUGGCUGUUCCACGGGUGGAAGGCAGGGGUUGAUGCUCGCGCAGAGGUAUCCGGAUGCUUUUGAUGGGAUAUUGGCGGUCGCGCCGGCGGUCAAUUGGGCGACGCUGCUAGUUGCAGAGUUCUGGCCGCAGCAGGUGAUGAAUCGGCUUGGGUAUUACCCGAGUAGGUGUGAGUUGGAUGCGAUUACGGCUGCUGCGGUGGAGGCUUGUGAUGGGAUGGACGGAGUCGAAGAUGGGAUUAUCUCGUUUCCUGGCCGGUGCAACUUUGAUGCGGGGGAGGCUGUUGGGAGGCAAUUCGAAUGUAAGGGAUCGAAGCAGAAGGUUUCGAAGGAGGGUGCAGAGGUUGCGAAUGCAGCUUGGAGAGGAGCUGUUGAUGCCGCGGGGAGGUAUGGUUGGUAUGGGCUCACUCGUGGAACGGAUUUAGCUGGAGGCCUCGUGAGGACGGAGUGUUCCAAUGUCAGCUCCAGCUCCUGCGUCGGGUCGCCAUUCAGCGUCUCCGAGGAUCACAUCAAGCUGCUGGUGCUCAAGGAUGCAGAGGCCGACGUGUCCAAUCUCUCGGAUGCCGCCUUCUUCCAGCUCAUCCGCCGGUCCGUCCAGGAGUACACCAGCAUCAUCUCGACCAACGACGCAGACCUGUCCGCAUUCAAAGCCCGAGGAGGCAAGAUGUUAACAUGGCACGGACUGUCCGAUGCGCUGAUCUUCCCCAACGGCUCUUCCCAUUACUACGAGCGAGUGCUGGAGGCGGAUCCACAGGCUGCCGUCUUCUAUCGAUACUUCGAGGCUCCUGGAGUCGGUCACUGCACCGGGGGACCGGGGCCUCUGCCGGCCGAUACACUCGAUGCGGUUGUUCGAUGGGUCGAGAGAAACGAGGCUCCCGAGAUCUUGACGGCUCGCGGUCAAGAUCAAGACGGGAGCGAUGUCGUGCGCGAGAUCUGCAUGUAUCCGAAGCAGCAGGUAUAUCUAGGCGGAGAUGCGGGUAGAUCCGAGAGCUUCGGAUGCAUUUAGCUCCACAUCUACUACUACCUUACUGACUUCACACCCGACAACAACUUCAACGCACCGUACAAUACCCGUGUUGCUUCUCGUGCGCGGCGGCUAUGGUAACGACUACGGAAGGUCGUCAAGCCUCACUUCAUCCUCCUCUCCUUGCUCUAUAUUCUCAACCCACUACAUCAUGAUGAUUAAUCUUGCCCCAGAGACAUCGCGCAGCAGCUGACCAGGAGUGUCAAUGAGUCUGACUCACGGUAUACAGCGGUGCACGAACAGACCCUCCGACACUCUGACGCUGAAAGACGUCUCUCGGCAAGACCGGCAGCGAUGCCAUGAACGCUGCAGGCGACUCCUCCGCCGCAUAUUGCAUCCUCCACCCCUCCGACCCAGAGCUCACUGGCCAUGCCAUGACCUUCACAAUCGGCCGCGGCAACGGACUCGUCUGCCAAGCUAUCGCUCUCCUCGUCGAACGCAUCAACGGCACGACUCUUGACCCACUCGUCGCCGAUUGGGGCAAGACGUGGCGGUCUCUUGUAUCUGACAGCCAUCUUCGCUGCAUCGGACCUGAGAAGGGAGUCAUCCAUCUAGCAUUAGGGAGCUUAGUGAAUGCAAUCUGGGACCUCUGCGCAAAAGUGCUAGGGAAACCUGUCUGGAGAGUCGUCGCGGAGAUGAGUCCGGAAGACCUUUUGUGA